AAACACUCUGCGCAAUCAAUCGAUCGGGGAGGCAGGAAAAAUCGAGUUUUUCACCUCGUCCAGAAAGGAAAAGCUCUGGUUCGCUCGUGUCCUCUGCGUGUGUGUAUCCGCGACUCCGAUUGCAUUCGCGCAAUGAUGUAGUGCAUUGCGUACGCUUUACACGGUCCCAAAAUCGAAGUCGAAUUCCUUCGGUGCGAUAAAAAAAAGAAGCCCCCUUGUUGUAUAUCGAGAGCCGUCACUACGCACACACAGCAGAAGUUGGAACGGGCAAAGGCGAAAACCUACCAAAUAGUGCUGUGGUGCUGAACCGUUCGGCAGACGAAAAGUCAAGGGCCAGUGCGUGCGUGCGUGCGUGCUUGCGUUACUGAGUGUGUCCGGCGGAGGAGGUACUCCGCACAGGUGGUGAAAAAGAAACAAAUCCGUGAAAGUUUGCGAAGGGUGCUUGGAUUUGUCGACCGAAGACGGCGGCGACCCGUUCAACGACAGGAAGAGGAAUUGUGUGUGCGUGUGUGUGUGCACUUGUAAGAAAGGCACAGACGGUACAGAACAAAGUGUUGUGCGGGGUGUGAAAGCGUUUGCGCUGUUCUACAGCGUUUUGUGCGUGCAAACUAAACAGUUGAACAGCGGCAGCCCAUCAACAGCACCAGCAUGGAGUCACUGAUUCCGAUCGUGAACAAGCUGCAGGAUGCGUUCACGCAGAUGGGGGUGCAUAUGCAGCUUGACCUGCCACAGAUCGCGGUGGUCGGCGGCCAGUCGGCAGGAAAAUCGUCCGUGCUGGAAAAUUUCGUCGGAAGAGAUUUUCUCCCCCGAGGAUCCGGCAUCGUAACGCGACGACCAUUGAUUUUACAGCUAAUCAAUGGAACUGUGGAAUUUGGAGAGUUCCUUCAUCAGAAGGGUAAGAAGUUCUCCAACUUUGAGGAGAUUCGGCAGGAGAUCGAAGCGGAAACCGAUCGCAUUACCGGUAGCAACAAGGGUAUCUCAAACAUACCGAUUAAUCUUCGCGUGUACUCGCCGCAUGUACUCAACUUGACGCUUAUCGAUUUGCCCGGUUUGACGAAGGUACCGAUCGGCGAUCAGCCAGCCGACAUUGAGAACCAGAUCAAGGGCAUGAUCUUUCAGUUCAUCCGCAAGGAAACGUGUCUGAUUUUGGCCGUCACGCCCGCCAACACCGAUUUGGCCAACAGUGAUGCGCUCAAGCUGGCCAAAGAGGUCGACCCGCAGGGCGUCCGGACGAUCGGUGUCAUCACCAAGCUCGAUCUGAUGGACGAGGGAACGGAUGCGCGCGAUAUUCUCGAGAACAAGCUGCUGCCGUUGCGCCGUGGCUACAUCGGCGUGGUGAACCGGUCGCAGAAGGAUAUCGAGGGCAGAAAGGACAUCCAUGCGGCCCUGGCCGCGGAGCGCAAGUUCUUCCUGAGCCAUCCGAGCUAUCGGCACAUUGCCGAUCGGCUCGGCACGCCGUAUCUGCAGAAGGUGCUCAAUCAGCAGCUGACCAACCAUAUCCGUGAUACGCUGCCGGCGCUGCGCGAUCGGCUACAGAAGCAGAUGCUAACGCUGGAGAAGGACGUGGAUCAGUACAAACAUUUCCGCCCGGACGAUCCAAGCAUCAAGACGAAGGCUAUGCUGCAAAUGAUCCAGCAACUGCAGUCGGAUUUCGAGCGCACAAUUGAAGGUUCCGGUUCGGCGCUAGUCAACACGAACGAACUUUCUGGCGGUGCCAAGAUCAAUAGAAUAUUCCACGAGCGAUUGCGUUUCGAGAUCGUCAAGAUGUCGUGCGACGAGAAGGAGCUGCGGCGUGAAAUUUCGUUCGCCAUUCGCAAUAUUCACGGUAUUCGUGUCGGUCUGUUCACCCCGGACAUGGCGUUCGAGGCGAUCGUAAAGAAACAAAUCUCCCAGCUCAAGGAACCGAUCCUGAAGUGUGUCGAUCUGACCGUCUUGGAGCUGUCUAAUGUUGUGAGAAUUUGCACAGACAAGAUGGCUCGUUAUCCGCGUUUGCGCGAUGAGACGGAGCGUAUCAUUACUACGCACAUUCGCCAGUGCGAACAAAAGGCCAAAGAGCAGAUGAUGCUGCUGAUCGACUACGAGCUGGCCUACAUGAACACCAACCAUGAGGAUUUCAUCGGUUUCGCAAAUGCUCAAAGCAAAACCGAAAAUGCGGUCAAGACGGGCACUCGCAACCUUGGCUCGCAAGUGAUCCGCAAGGGACACAUGUGCAUUCAAAACCUCGGCAUCAUGAAGGGUGGCUCGAGACCGUACUGGUUCGUGCUAACGUCCGAGAGCAUCUCGUGGUUCAAGGAUGAGGACGAGAAGGAGAAGAAAUUUAUGCUGCCCCUGGACGGGCUGAAGCUCCGUGACAUUGAGCAAGGAUUCAUGUCCCGGCGACACACGUUCGGUCUGUUCAAUCCAGACGGACGUAACGUUUACAAGGAUUACAAGCAAUUGGAGCUGUCUUGCGAAAGCACUGAUGAUGUGGAUUCAUGGAAAGCAUCCUUCCUGCGUGCGGGUGUGUACCCUGAAAAGGAUACUCCCGCCAACGGAGAUGAGACGGAAGCGGAGAAAUUGCUAUCGCAUCAGCAAUCUCUAGUAGAUGAUGUUAGUAAGACAGAUACUGAAGAGAGUGGAGGCGAAAGUGGUCCAACUGGACAGUCCCUUGAUCCGCAGCUGGAGCGCCAGGUAGAGACGAUACGCAAUCUUGUCGAAUCGUACAUGCGCAUCGUCACCAAAACUACCCGUGACAUGGUUCCGAAAGCUAUUAUGAUGCUCAUCAUUAACAAUACCAAGGAUUUCAUCAACGGCGAGCUGUUGGCGCAUUUGUACGCUACCGGCGAUCAGGCCUCGAUGAUGGAGGAAAGCGCGGACGAAGCACAAAAACGUGAAGAAAUGUUGCGAAUGUAUCACGCGUGCAAGGAAGCGCUGCGUAUUAUUGGUGACGUAUCGAUGGCUACCUUCUCUACGCCCGUACCACCACCGGUGAAAAAUGAUUGGUUGUCGAGCGGUCUCGACAACCCGCGGCUGUCUCCCCCGAGCCCGGGCGGUCCGCGUAAAGCUGCACCACAGCAGCAGGGUUCGCUCAGCUCUAUGGGAGCUCCGGCUGGCCGGGGACCACCACCAGCACCUGCUAGUGCUAGGCCGGCUCCGGCAAUACCGAACCGACCUGGAGGUGGUGCCGCACCACCCCUGCCCGGUGGCCGUCCAGGUGGCCAGGCACUACCGGCACCAUUGAUUCCAUCGCGUCCGGGUGGUGGUGGUUCCGUUGCUGGCAUGGCACAGAUGCUUCCGGCCAGCACCAGGCAACAGAUCAACCAGCAGGUCGGACAGGCCGUCACCAAUGCCGCCAUGAACGAACUGUCGAAUGUGUUCGCCUCGAAGUUCAAUCGACCUGCCCAGAAUGCGCCACCGCGCCUACCGGAUCGACCGUACAAUGCCAUGGGCCGGCCAUGAACGUGACCAUAUAUACAUAUAUGCUUGAAUGAGGAUGUAAAAAGGUGCAAAAAAAACAGGAGUGUGAUGAAGAGCAUGAUGGAUUGUAAAACCAGAGCCGAGCAGUCGCCGUUAUUGUGUUGUUGGUAGUAGCGAAAACUGUGUGUAGUGAGGUAAUGUAAGAAGCGCCCGCUCCCGCUUGGUCCAUGGACCAGAAACACAACUAACACGUGAACUAUUUGUUAAGUGUAUAGUUCCUUGCUUUUCCUUCUUCUACACUGCCCCCCCCACCCCACACACACACACACACACACACACACACACACACACACACACACACACACACACACACACACACACACACACACACACACACACACACACACACACUCAAACAUACCUAACACGGGAGUGGGUGCGCAUAGUUGGUCUCACAUUGAGCCACAUCAUCUUCGAUCUUUGCGACCGAUCAUCAGCUUCUUUCUUUUCCUAUCAAGCUUUGGAAGCGAUCGUGUCGCACCGAUGCUUUCUUGCCUCUUUUUCAACCUUUUGCUCAGUACGGGAUGAUAAGUACGUGCAGCCGAAAGGGUAUCGAAACCAUUCCGUUUUGGGUCAAACAAACAACCUGCAAAAUGUGGGCCAAAAUAUCGAGAUAGACGAGUGAGGGAGUAUAGUGUGGCGAUUUAUACAGGUUUAGUAGACGAUUGUUCAGGUUUAGGCUGCUACAGGGUAUAAUUAUGCUGCUGCUGCUUGUUUUUAGUUAGUUAGUUAGAAAGGAAUGUUAACUUAUGAGACCUUUGUGUACCACAUGGACUGGAUAUCACCUGGUGGUAGGUAGCAGCGAUUAUAGGCUACGAGUGUCACCGGUGCAGGCUGUACAGAAGUUUAAGGAGCAUCAACUGUAGAACGGAAAUAGCGUACGCUUAGAACAAUUCAAACACAGGGUAUGCACGAUACGAUAUUAGAAUAGUGAGAAUACAUUACAAAGCAUAGCCACAUUUCGUACUGGUACUGGUUGGUAGUUGGGCGGCUAGUUCCGCGUCUUGGCUGUCCCUAUUCCAGUACUCACUAGCCCUCGCGACUCCCUUUCGAGCGAUCGAACGGUGAAACAACACUAAGACCGACGAAGUAUUAACGUGUUAGGGACAUUUGCUUAGACUGUGUAGAAAGGACGAUAAGAGCUAGCUGCUGCCUCCUCCCAUCUAGCCUGGAACGAUUUGCGAAAUUAGCAGAAUGGACUUAAGCUUAAUCUAACAAUUAUUCUUCAUCGAGCGCAAUGGGCAUUUCGGAUGAUCAUCCCCCGAGUCCAGUCCGUCACACACAUACACAUACACACACAUCAAAGCUCAACACUAUUCUAACGUGCUAAAGUAUUAUUUUGUACAUUUCUUGUCAUAUAAUAUUUUGUAAAUAAAUCACCCUGGAUGGUGGAAAAAGCGAA